AUGUCCUCAUCUGGGCUUGACAUUGCUGAACUCUCCGAUAGUGAGAAGACUGCUCUGGAGACCUACACGGCUACGUCCAGUGCCCUUGCUCCUGAUGCUAAUUGCGUCUUCCAUCAGAUUGCGAUCUCAAAGUUCUUCGAUGGGGAAGGCCCCGACCCUGUUGAGGAAGCUCGUGCGGCUCUCGACAACCCUCCUCCCCCACGACCGACUCGACAGACACAAAACCUCAUGACCGACGACCUCACAGCUCGGUUCCCCCCGGCUGUGACUACGGAUCUAGCCCCGCGAGUGACGACCCAGCCGGAAGAUCAGCAGGUCUACCGUCCGCCAUUCCUACUGGCGCUCCUCUUUACGCCGUUUAACCUCCUCUACCGUUUCCUCUGCGGCUCUUUCCGGCUCUUCGGAGCCCUCUUCCCUUUUCUUCCCCGGUUCCUCAACACGACUGCGAGCAAUGCGCUCCAGGGCGCUCGGCGCAACACGAACGGCCGACGGCCGUUGGGCCCCCAGGACACGGCCGCCCGGUUCAUCCGGGAGUUCGAGGAGGAGUAUGGAGCCAAUACCGUUGGAUUUAUGGAGAACGGAUACAACAUGGCGCUGGAAAAGGCGCACCGGGAUCUCAAGUUCCUCCUGGUGGUCCUGCUUGCGCCUGAACAUGACGAUACGAAUGGCUGGGUUCGGGACACACUCCUCUCGCGGGAGGUGACCGAGUUCGUGAACGACCCUCAGAAUGACGUUCUCGUCUGGGGUGGGAAUGUUCAAGAUUCCGAAGCAUACCAGGUGUCCAACUCGCUGCGGUGUACGAAAUUUCCCUUUGCGGCGGUGGUAGUACACACGCCGGGGGUGUCAUCGACAGCCAUGUCGGUCGUCACUCGCAUUGCGGGAACUACAUCCCCGACAGAGUUUGUGGAGAAGUUACGCUCGGCAAUCUCGCAGAAUCGAGAGCCGCUGGAGCGACUCCGCGCCACACGCGCCGAGCAGCAAGCCUCGCGUAGUCUCCGGGAGCAACAAGACUCGGCGUAUGAGCGGUCACUUGCAAUCGACCGGGAACGGGCCCGCCAGCGCCGCGAGGCGGAAGCAGCGCGCCAGCGCGAGGAACAGGAGGCGGCCGAGCGCCAAGCAGCAGAGGAGAAGCGGAUACACGAUCUACAGAUCUGGAAGCAGUGGCGGGCGCAGAGGAUCGCCGAUGAACCCAGUGCUGAUGUUAAAGACGCAGUCCGGAUUAGCAUCCGGUUACCAACAGGCGAGCGGGUGGUCCGUCGGUUCGCCCCCGAUGCGGACAUCGAGGAGCUGUACGCGUUUGUUGAGUGCUAUGAUGUGAUAAAAGAGGUGGACGAGAAGGCUACAAGCGUGGAGAAACCGGAGGGAUUCGAGCAUCAGUACGGCUUCCGCCUAGUUUCCCCCAUGCCGCGGACGGUGUAUGAGGUAGAAACGGGGGGCUCUAUUGGGGAGAAGGUCGGCCGAGGAGGUAAUCUGUUGGUUGAAUCGAUUGACGACGAGAGCGAGGACGAGGAGGAAUGA